GCUUAUGAGUUAAGAAACAUCGCCUUCUCAAAACCCUAAAAAGCAAUAGAACAAAAAGAGUCUUGGGUGAGUAGGACGAACAAGAAGCUAAAUUUAUAUAUAAAUACAUAAAAGGCCCCUCCUUUAUUUUUGCUCCUCAUUCCACCCCCCCUCUCUCACUUUCUCUCUCUUUCUCCUCUCUCUCUCUCUGAAACUCGCUUUCUCUCUCUCUCUUGUCGAUGUGAUUCUCCACAAUUAUCUCUAAAAACCCAUCAACCUUUACAAAAGAGAAAGAUAAGCAAGAACCAUGGUUUUUUCUUCCAUCCCAGCUUAUCUUGAUCCAGCCAACUGGCAACAGCAACCAAAUCAUCCAACUGGGACUAGUAUUGCAGCCGGUUCGCAGCUUCUUCCACCUCCGCCGCCCCCGCCGCCACCCCCGCAACCUCACGGGGGCGGCGGCGCCGGCUCGAUCAGGCCCGGCUCAAUGGCCGAUCGAGCCCGGAUGGCGAACAUGCCGAUGCCAGAGGCCGCACUAAAAUGCCCAAGAUGCGACUCUACCAACACUAAAUUUUGCUACUUCAACAACUAUAGCCUCACCCAGCCUCGCCACUUCUGCAAGACCUGCAGAAGGUACUGGACCCGAGGCGGCGCUCUUCGAAAUGUCCCCGUCGGAGGAGGCUGUCGGAGGAACAAAAGGAGCAAAGGGAGUAGUUCAAAGUCUCCGGCAAGCAGCGCCGAUCGCCAAUCCGGUAGUGCUGGCUCCACCAGCUCAAUUCCUUCUAAUAGUGGCACCGCCGAUAUGAUAGGCCUCAGCCCCCAGCUCCGAUUCAUGGCUCCUUUGCAUCAACUUACUCAUGACUUUUCCGCCACGGAUAUCGGCUUGAACUAUGGCAUGAAUUACGGCGCGAUUUCUGCACCAAUGGGAGUAGCUGGUGACUUAAGUUUUCAGAUAGGAAGUGGUGGUGGUGGUGAUGGUGGGUCCCUGUUAUCGGCCGCCGGCGUAGAGCACUGGCGGUUGCAGCAAACUCAGCAGUUCCCCUUCUUGGGUGGCUUGGAUCCUUCACCGGGGUUGUUUGCAGGCGGCGUUGAGGGGUCUGGUUGGGGACCAAGUCUGGCCAGCCGGAGCAGGCCGUCUAGCUCGGCAGUUGCCCAGCAGCUGGCUUCAGUGAAAAUGGAAGACAAUCAGGAGCUGAAUUUGUCAAGACAGUUGUUGGGAAUUCCAGGGAGUGAGCAAUACUGGAGUGGAAAUAGCAGUGCAUGGACAGAUCUUUCUGGCUUUAGCUCUUCUUCCAGCACAAGGAACCCCCUAUAGAAUUUCACUUCCUUGUGGUUUCAUUAAGAAGCUGAUGGAUCCCCUUGAAGUUUUGGGAUUUUGUUAGUGUGGCUGCAAUCAAAGAUAAAUUAGCUUUAAAGACAUAUAGUAUCAUAUCAUGAUGAAACUUGAGAUGGACUGAAGAAGAUGAUCACCUUGUUUUCAAGAUCAACUGAAAACCCUAGAAAUGGUAGUUUUUUAUUUUAUUUUUUAUUUUUUUUCGUUUCCAGUUUUUUUUUAUUUCUUAUUUAGCUUUAGAUUGCAAUGUAUGAGCAUGUUUGAGAUAGUGAGCUUAUGAGUUCAUGGAGUUUUGAACCAAUUAAUCGUACAUGUUUAUGAAUGAUCAUCAUCUACCUCUUUUGU